AUGUUUCACCUAAGUCGCACCCUGACUGCUGGGGUGGGGGUCGGCCUCCGAACCGUACGUGGGACGAGUUUCUGCCUCAUACAGAGUCUUACUGAAAGACUCAUAAAGUCCUGUCGCCCCCUCCUUUUCUGUCCAGCGAUCCUCCGCAACCACCAGGCAAGCCUUGUCCAUGUCAUAGUCAGGGUUCUUUUUUCUGCCCCUUGGAGUCUGACGAGUGUUUUGGCUAGCGGCGGGUCUUGCCGCUCCGUCAAUCUCCUCGACUUCGGAGGGGGUUGCCGUCCGUUGUGGUUCUCGAAUCUUGCCAUGGGUGUUCGCUGGCAAGCC